UUCGAUAGCGGUUGCGUUUAGCGCCCGCCACGCCAUCGUUUGGCUCUGCCGUCAACCCUGUGAGUGCAUUGAACCCGCCAAGGGAGGCCGCGCUUUGCGGUUUUUUGCGGCGCGCAUGUUUCAUGUUGACUCGGUGAAAAAUGCUAUGACCCUAGCUGCGUCAUGUCCACGGCACCUCGCUUAAGCUGCCUCAUCGUCUUGAGCGGCUCUAAGGACGGAAACUCGGCCCCUUCGUUUAUACAGACGUUCACGCUACUGCACAGCACAUUCACGGUCCAAAUAGCCACGCCAGGGGGGCGUCCCUUGGAGUUCGUCAACCAGGAUGAACAAAGCCGACGUUGGCUGAAUGACUUUCGUAUGAAAGUCUUUGCGAUCCCCAUUGGACUUCACACUGUGGACCCCAACCGGUACUCGUGCCUGAUUCUGCCCCACAGUCCAGGAGCGGUCCAUGACCUCUGGGAGAAUAAAGACCUUGGUCAGAUCCUCAGGCACUUUAUACAAGAGAAAAAACCAAUCUGUGCCAUUGGCAUGGGAGUUGCCGGUCUGUUCUCUGCCAUGGAGGACUCCGACGUCUGGAGCUUCCGUCGGUGCACCUUGACAGCCGUUUCUGUGUUUGAGCUUGCCCGCAGCCCUGACUUUGCCAACCUUCCUGUGAUCCCCGAGGACGUCAUCAAGGAUCGAGGAGCGCUGUACAGCUCGAGUGACCCCGACGAAGUUCACGUGGUGGUGGACCGGCACCUGGUGACGGGCCAGAACGAGCAGUCCACCCUGACCGCAGUGCAGAACCUGGUGCUGCUGUGCAAUCAGAAGCAGGCAGCCACACGCAAGGAGCGGCAUCAGUGAUGUCCUCCCUCCUUGUUGUGCCCACUGCACCUCUACCGUUCUCUCUAUGCCGUGCUUCUGAAAAGUCGUUCUUAUCGCGUGAUUUAUGUACAGUUGCCCAGCAAUUGAGUGAAUGUGAUUGUCUGGUGAGGUUGUCCAUACAGUGAUUGUGUAGUGAGUCGGGGCAAAGACCAGGAACCAUUUUUUAAAAAUCGAUGGCGUAUCUUUUGCUGGGCAUAGCUGGGUGUAAGCUUUGAGUCGAGGUAAAUGGAUGGCACACUAUAGACCCACGUUUCUUCACAUACUCACAUCAGGCCCAUUCUCAUUGCAGAAGUAAUUGCUUGCAUACGGGUGUGAAAACUUGAUUGCAAACGCCUUGAUGUCACUGCGUCAAAGAAGGGAAAACGGCAGGUAGGUUGGAUUACAGGCGUACUUGCCGAGUGUGGAGGUUGCCGGUACUUUGUUUGCUUUGUCUUUUCUCUCUUUCUUAUUGGUACUGUAAGCAGUAUUACAUACUAAAGAUGGACAAAAGUGUUAGGAUGCGCGAGUGAUGACAUCAGUUGCGGGUGGUUGCCAUUGUGGACAUGCUUGUGCUCUAGAGAACUCUAUGCAGUGCAAAACGAUAGGUAGGAAUCACGUCAGCCAAUCAGUAAUGAGAGCCAGUUCGUUCUAAGAAGGAAGGAGGGCUCACCUAUUGUGCGCUACAAAUCUUUUUGAUGAAGCUUCCGCUCAGUCGCUGUUGUGCAGGACAUGAAAGGCACAAAAACAAAUAGGCCCUUCUUCUAGCUCUGUAUUAUAGUUGACUGACGUGCACUUUUACUGCAUUGAGUUUACAGGGUGAUGUGUGUGGUCCUAGGAACUUUUGUUCACUGCAGUACGCUGAGAGCGGUGUGUCCAAAUAGCUGCAUGCAGUUACCAUACAGCAAUUUUAUCCUUGCUUUUAAUCACUGCCCACUUUUCUUCAAGUCUGGCCAACCGUUAGACGGUGCUUUGCUUGUGUUGAUUAAGCACGGAAGCUUCGUUUCUCCUGUGGUCUGUUCUUCCUGUCCAGUAACAGUAUGCUGCUCAGUCAUUCUCUCUUUUAAUUUUCCCAUGUUUUGUAGACCCUGUAGUCUCGUCUCUGUGCUCCCCAUUGUUUGUACAUGCAAAGUGCACUAAUAUAUUUUUUUACAACCCUACCCCUUCCCACGAGCGUGCUGAAUUGUUCACGUGCAGGAAUAACUCGGUUGCAGUUCUUCUUUGUCUGUCCUGUCUCUACAGCAUUGCUGCAGAUGUUUGCAUUCAUAGCAUCAAGAUGAAUCAAAGCAGAAAAAUAAAGAGUAUGGCCUGAAGUGCCCUAUAUGUA